CUGAUUCAACUCAUUAGCUUGUUAGUAAAGACUGCAAUAUGUUGUCAUGUAGCGUGUUGUCGAGCAGCCAGGGAAGAGUUAGGAAGCACACAAUAGUUUUCCCGAAUGCCAGUCGUGGUUUAUUUUAAAUGCCUUUCACCAGCAGGUGCAGCCAACAAAAUACAAAAAAAACAAACAAAAAAUAAAUAAAUAUAAUACAAAAAUGAAUUCAACACAUACUUGUACUAAAAUACAAAAGAAAAUGCUGUGAGCAGCAAAACCUGGCACUACACAAGGCACAGCGGCACAUCUGGAAUAUAAAACUGUUUAUCUCACUUCAGACAAACAUCUUCAUGCCCUUGCAUCAUUCACAGACUGCCCCAAACAUACACAGAUCAUGGGUUAACUAGACCAGUUUACUAGACCAAACACUAAUGGGUCAAACCAUUGUUACGGGGAAAGAUUUCACCCGUAACACUUCACACCAGAUUCACUGAAUAUCAUAUAAAUACAUAAGCAAUUCAUUUCUUACGUUUCAAUCAUAAUACCAACCAGCACAACAUACAAAUACAAAAGAAAGAAUCACCAGAUCAUAGUAUUUACACAUCUCUCUCACUCUAGAAAAUAGUAUGACACUGAAUAAGAGUAAUUGGUGAUAUUCAUGUGACGUCAUCAUGUGUUCUCAAAUACAGGACCAGACAAGUAAGUUGAAAUGCAAGACUAUGACAUGUAUUAAACAAACAUAGGAAAAAAUCAUGUCAAAUCAUAACAACCCAUAAAUAAAUAAACAAUAACAUAUUGAACUGAUGUUCACAUGAUGAUGACCUAUGUGUUCAUCAUCACAUAUGUGUGUUCACAUAUUCAUCAUAGGUGACCUUAUAUUCAGAGUCGUUCAUGUCCAUUAUGCAUUUCUAUGGCACCACUAUCAACACCUAAAUUAAUCUAGCGGUCAGGUGAUACAGCAGUCACAUGGCACAAGUAGGAGCUCUCAGACAAUUCAUAUCUCGGCUGCUACAUCAUCAAGUGCCACUCCUUGGAAGGCAGCCUUCGUUUUGUGUCCUUCAUUCAGAUAAUUUUGAAGGAUGCAUCAAGUGUAUACUUCAUGUCCUUUAAUCACCUACAUUCCUUUGCAUAUUCCAAUCCGGGAAAUGAGUUGGCACCAAACUUUUCUGAGUUCAUUAUGAAAUGUAAUUUGUUCUCCAGCAUUUUCCUACACACAAGCGCUCUUGGUCACUUAUGCAUACAGUAUGAUGUCACAACAAGCAGCGUUCUUUGGCAGAAACUCAAGAAGACAUAAACUCAAGUAAUAAACAACUUUAUCUUAAUCCCUUAAAUGGCAUAAGGUUUACAUUUCAAAAGACAUUUAGGCCUACAGGUACAUAACUUUUUUCAUUCAGAAUUAACAAAAUGUAAAUAAUGAGCAAGUACAUCAGAAAACCUUCAAACCUAUGUUUCUGAUUUACCUUAAAUCACCAUGGUAAGCUUAAAAUAAUUAUUUAUAUUUAGAUGUUGGGACAGAUUUUGCAGGAAACUGCAAACUUUCGUCACUCUUCCAUGCAUGUUUACGGCAAAUUACGCUAAAUGUGACUGCAUGUGAUCUCCAAACAUUACAUCUCAUUUUUUUUUUUUUUUUUGGUAACACUUUAUUUUACAGUAUAUGCAGUUAAUUAAUAUUACUCAGUACUUAAAUGUAUAAAUACAUUGUAACAAUGAUACCUUAAAUUAUUUUUAAUUUAAUAAACAUUUGCAAUUCUCAUGAAAUAAAAGUGAGUUUUGGUAGUUGACUUUCAAAAUUUCUCACAAUUAUUUUAAUCUCUUAAUUUAACAGUUAUCUGCUAUUUUACCAUUAAAUUGUGCUGUACAAUUGUUGUGGUCUACGAAAAUGUUUACAGGAAAAGGUUACAGGAAGUUACAGUGAUGUCACAAUAAGAAAACACAGAGGUGUACGAUAUAAUCUUGCAGCAUAGUUUAUCAAGGCAAGCCAAUCACUCAAAGACUGCGGAGAAGAUGAUGAUUAUUUGGAUGUCUGUCAUGCUUCUAAGUGAAAUGUGUAAGUGCUGUAGCUAAAUGAAUUUCUUGAUUUUCUUUAAUCUACAAUGUUGUCACCUCCAUUUUUCAGAUAAUUACUUAAAUGCUACUUUAUCUCUGCAGAGAAUUUUUCUACUAAUCAUUUUGUCUUCCACAAUGAUUUUAUUCAAAGAAUUUACAUUAAACAUUUUUUUUUCACUGUUUAUGCAGUAUUAUUAUUAUUUAUUUGCUUUUUGAAAAAAUAAAAUUAUAAGCAUCUUAUAAAUUAAUUCCAUAUUUUAUGUUUAAGUCUUUUGGGGCUUAAUGAACUUAAAAAUGCUUUUAAUUUAAAUUUAAGAUGGAAUACAUGUUUUAAAGUAUUCACUAUGGCAUAACAUGGUUUUCUGAAGUAUGUUUUUUGUGUAAAACUUUCUCAUGCAGAUUACAGAUAACAUUAUUAUUUUUAUUUAUUCUUUUCCCCCUAUAGACUCAACACAUUCGGAGGUGGUUUCUCAACCGGAUCCAGUGAUGAUGGUCUCUGUUGGGGACAAUGUCACUCUGCGUUGCUUUUCUCUGAUAGAUCACAGUGAUCCAAUUACUUGGUACAAGCAAACUGCUGGACACCAACCACAAGCAGUUGCAAUGGUGCAUAAAUUAGUCAAAUAUCCUAUUUUGUUCAACAAUUUUGAAUCCUCACAUUUUAGCAUUGAGACAGACUCAGCAAGCAAAUGUCAUUUAAUGAUUUCAAAUGUCACUUCAUCUGAUGAAGCAAUGUAUUACUGUGGCUGGAGAAAGUAUGAAACUUAUUUUGCUGGAGGCACAUAUUUGGCUUUAAAAGGGUCACAAAACAAGCAAUAUAAAUCUGUGUCGGUUCUUCAGCAUCCCGUAUCAGAGCCGGUCCAGUCUGGAGACACGUUGAUCCUGCUGUGCUCUGUGCUGUCUGAAUACAUCACAGCAGAUAUCAGAAUGUUCUGGUUCAGAUCUGAAUCAGGAAAAUCAGAAAUCCUCUACACUUAUAAUCAGAGUAAUUACUGUGAGACUGAUUCUGCCCAGAACUGCACAUUCAGUCUGUCCAAGAACAUAGUCAGCCAUAUGGACGCUGGCACUUAUUACUGUGCUGUGGUCACAUGUGGAAAAAUUCUGUUUGGGAAUGGGACAAACAUAAAUAUGGUAAAUCCAGUGGAUCCUCUGGUGAUUAUCUUGGCUGUGUUAUUGGGUGUUUGUGUGGUUGUGAUCACUGUACAAGCUAUUUUAAGUCAUAAAAAAGAAAGUUAUUACUGCAACAAAGAAAAAGAGCUAAAAGACACUGAAAACGAACACCCCACCAGUCAGGACCAUGAUGCAGUGGAACUGAGUUAUGCUGCAUUGCAUUUUAAGGAGGGAAAAAACAGAAGAGUGCAAAGGAAGGGGGAAACACCUCAAGACAGUGUGUACAAUCAAAUCAAUGACCUCACUGACCAUACUAUAGUUGAGUACAAAUAUGUAAAAUCUUUUAGACAGCAAAUUUAACUUGUGCUACAACAAGCAGUGUUUAGAAAAUUUUGUAUUUUGAAAAAGUCUUUCAAAUUAACAAACAGAGAUUUGAUAAGAGCAAAAAGUUCACUUUACCUUGGCAUCAGGAAUUUCAAUGGACAUGUGAUCGCUAUGAGGCUGGCUGGGAAUGGAAGUAACUGGAGAUAAUGCUAGAGAUAUUCAUGGAGAUAUGAAUACAUUUUUUGUUUAACUGCCUUUUUACCUAUUAUGAAUGAAAAGUUAGUUAAAGAACUUACCUUUCAGGUUUUACGAUUACUUCUGUUUUGAAAGGUCAUUACUUGAAAGCAUUACUCGUAUUUUUACCGUAAGCAUCAUGCUUAAAGGGUUAGUUCACCCAAAAAUGAAAAUUCUAUCAUUUAUUACUCCCUCAUGUCAUUCCACAUCUUUAAGACCUUGGAACGACAUGAGGGUGAGUAAUAAAUGACAGAAUUUUCUUUUUUUUUUUUUUUGAGUGACAUAACCCUUUGAUCAAAUGACAUAACAAUGUCUAUUAUGCGUAAUGUUUUACUUGCUUUUUAUUUUUUUGCUGUUCAUACAUCAUAUGUCAAAAUAUGGUCUAUUUACAGAUGUCAUAUUUGAAGUUAUAAGAGUACAGAAAAGUAUUGAAAAGAUGUCACAUGUGUAAUGGAUAAUACAAAAUAUUGCAGUACAGACCCUUUUC